AUGGCCAUGGCGAUAAUAUCCAGUGACUACUCAGUAUCCAGUGACUACUCAGUAUCUAGUGAAUAUUCAGUAUCCAGUGACUAUUCAGUAUCCAGUGACUACUUAGUAUCCAGUGACUAUUCAGUACCCAUUGACUACUCAGUAUCCAGUGACUACUCAGUAUCCAUAUCCAGUGACUACUCAGUGUCCAGUGCCUAUUCAGUAUCCAGUGACUACUCAGUAUCCAGUGACUACUCAGUGUCCAGUGACUACUCAGUGUCCAGUGACUACUCAGUGUCCAGUGACUACUCAGUGUCCAGUGACUACUCAGUGUCCAGUGACUACUCAGUGUCCAGUGACUACUCAGUGUCCAGUGACUACUCAGUGUCCAGUGACUACUCAGUGUCCAGUGACUACUCAGUGUCCAGUGACUUCUCAGUGUCCAUUGACUACUCAGUGUCCAGUGACUACUCAGUAUCCAUAUCCAGUGACUACACAGUAUUCAGUUACUACUCAGUAUCUAGUGACUACUCAGUGUCCAGUGACUAUUCAGUAUCCAGUGACUACUCAGUAUCCAGUGACUACUCAGUAUCUAGUGACUAUUCAGUGUCCAGUGACUAUUCAGUAUCCAGUGACUACUCAGUAUCCAGUGACUAA